CUACCACCACCACCCCCUCCAAAUCCCGUCCAAGCGAAACCAACCCGGAAGCGAAUGGCGGAAAUUUAGAUCCACCUCACGCUUUCAGCUUUUUUUUAAAGCAGAGCCGUGUUUCUCUUGGAUGGAGAUGCGAGCAGAGUAGACAGCAGAUGUGUUCAGCUUAAACACGGUGGACUGUUGUUGAAGAAACGAUGUGGUGUGGUCUAACUAGCCGGUAGGAUCUGUGAAGCUGGAUGGACGGAUAACAGCCGAGAGAGAGAGUCCUGUCACUUGGACUAAACACAGACAUAUGGCCCUGCUCCUCAGCUAGCCGAGGGGAGACAACGAAACUAGCAUCAUGUUCCUGAAAUCAUCUUUCACCACGGUGAUCGUGGGCGUGUUUGUGGUGUACGUGCUCCACACCUGCUGGGUGAUGUUCGGGAUCGUGUACACUAAGCCCUGCGACAGCCCCAAAGGUGACAACUGCAUCACGCCCUUCUUGGCAGGAGAACCGAAACUACAGCUGAGUAUCUACACUGCACUGCGGCCCAAUGCAGAGGGAGGACAUACUCUGAUCCACAAAGAGGAAACAUUUGAUGUCAACAGCAAGUUUGAGAGGAUAGUCAAUGUCUCCCUCCCCAAGAAGACGCGCAACAAUGGAACUUUAUAUGCACUAGUAUUUGUCCAUCAAGCUGACGUCACUCCGUGGCAGGAUCCACGACAGGUCCACUUGGUGGCUCAGCUCACCACAUACAUGGUCCCUAAACUGCCUGAAAUCUCUUUGAUAUCCUUAGAGGAUCAAACACAGGGUCAGAAGGAAGAAGCCCAGCAGAAGAAACGCGACGGUAAUCCUGCAACAGGUGGUGGAGCUGGUCCCACUUCCACGGCCGAUCACCCAGUUUCCCACUGGCGCGCCCGCCUGACGCUCAACAUUGUCGGCGACCACUUCGUGUUCGACAGAGAAAACCUGCCUAGUGAUGUCCACAGAUACCUCAGAGUAUUCCAAGACGGUAAGAAGAUGGUUUACCUACCUCUGCUCUUUGUUGAUGAGCUCAGCAACCGGGUCAAGGACCUUGUGGAGAUCAACAGUACCUCCAUGGAGCUCCCUCUGAUCAUCUCCUACGACUCCAUCUCUCUGGGGAGGCUCCGAUUCUGGAUCCACAUGCAGGACGCCGUUUUCUCUCUGCAACAGUUCGGUUUCACAGAGAAGGACGCUGAUGAGAUUAAAGGAAUCUUUGUGGAUACCAACCUGUACUUCCUGGCUCUGACCUUCUUUGUAGCUGCCUUCCAUCUCCUCUUUGACUUCCUGGCGUUCAAGAACGACAUCAGCUUCUGGAAGCAGAAGACAAGCAUGGUGGGAAUGUCCAGCAAAGCAGUGCUGUGGCGAUGUUUCAGCACCAUAGUGAUAUUCCUCUAUUUGUUUGACGAGCAGACCAGCCUGCUUGUCCUCAUACCUGCAGGCAUCGGUUCCAUCAUUGAAGUAUGGAAAGUGAAGAAGGCCUUUAAGAUUCAGGUAUUCUGGAAAGGGGGCAAACCCUCAUUCCUGUUUGGGAAAUCAGAUGAAUCGGAGAGGAGAACAGAAGAGUACGAUACUCUGGCCAUGAAGUAUCUGUCAUACCUCCUUUACCCGUUGUGUAUCGGAGGGGCUGUGUAUGCUCUAAUAUUUCUACGAUAUAAGAGUUGGUACUCGUGGUUGAUCAACAGUUUGGUUAAUGGUGUAUAUGCCUUUGGCUUCCUCUUCAUGCUUCCUCAACUGUUUGUCAACUAUAAGCUGAAAUCUGUGGCCCACCUGCCCUGGAAAGCCUUCAUGUACAAGGCAUUCAACACCUUCAUCGACGACGUGUUUGCCUUUAUCAUCACCAUGCCAACGUCCCACAGACUGGCCUGUUUCAGGGACGAUGUGGUGUUUCUCAUUUACCUCUACCAGAGAUGGCUCUACCCAGUGGACAAAACGAGAGUAAAUGAAUAUGGAGUCUCUUACGACGAAACACCCAAAAAGAAAAAGACUCACAAGGAGGACUAGUGAGGUUAUUGGCUUCCAUGAUCUGGGAUCUGCAGGUUUUGUCUUCAGUCCACUGGUAUCCACUGAUUGGUAUAUUGGUCAUUUGGGAUCAACUGAGCUGGUUUAACGGUCCAGAGGCACCGGGAAAUAGGUUCUUGUUUCUGGUCAGUUAGUUGCAAAAUGGACUAGGUGCAUCAACAUCCUCGUGUUUUUUUUUUUACUUUUUCCACUUCAUCCCAUAGUGCAAAGUGUUAAAAGGUCAACAACUGCUUAUCUGGCUUUUGCUGUCUGGAGAGGAUUUUUUUGCAGCGUGUGGCGGGACCGGAAGAUAAAUAAGAUAAACCUCGAACCCAUUUCAAACUGACGCAACAACCUGGAACAAAAGUGUGUUUCUCAUUUGUGUGAAUGGCCGGCAGCCUGCUCACGACUAUGACCACAUGUACCACAGGUCAGACUCUGCUCAGCUUUGGUAUGAAAGAGUACACUAGUGACUCUCCUAUAGUAGAUAUUGGUGGCAGCUUCGAGCCUUCUCGGUCAUAAAUUCUGCUCUUCCUGUUUUUCAAAACAUCAUGCCAAUCUACAAAGCCAGUCACAUCCUUUCAUCCCCGUCUACUGGAACAGCUUUAUACUGUUAAUAUCACUGGAGGUCUCUUUUUUUAACUGUGAUUUCCAGCUUUGCAUGUCAGCAAAUACUGGUUUGGUUUGCUAAGGCCAGUAUGAUUUAUUACAUUGGGUCGGACUCCCAUUUUAAGCUGAGACCGCCUCUUGAGGACCACUGUACAUAUUAUAUUUUCUGAAUUUUAAUUGCAAUGUCAAAAAGGGAUUAUUAUAAUUUUACAAAUUCCAAUUAAGAGAGUAGAUUUUGAGAAGAGCCUGGUUCAGACUGCUUUGAAGAGCUGAUAUCUAAAUACAUACAUUUUCCAUAUUAUUAUUCCAUGUUAUUCCAUAAGCGCAAAGUCUGUUACAUCGGAGCUUUCAGAACAAUCAGUUUCCCAGUCGUAAGUGGAUGUAUUGUUAGCGCAGUUAAUUAUUCCUGAUGCAGAAUUUGAAUGCUUUUCUAGUUAUAUGAAAUUGUGCAAAUUAUUUAUGAAUAUUGCUCAGUGAAAAGGCUGUUAACAAUCAGCCUUUUAGAAAGUAUGAAUGUGUAGACUCUUAAAUUUGUUUUAUCCCAAAUAAAUAUGUAGACAAAAUUAAAAAUGUUUUAACCUUGAGACAAAUUGGAGAAUGACAGACCCUGUGUUAGCCAUUCAGUCCUUUCCAUCCACUCUAGUUUUAGUGUUUUACCUGCUCGAGUAUUUUUUACAAAUCAGGGCCAAGAAAAUAUGUUGGUGCCAAACGUGAGAAUGAUUCUUUAAACUGUUUGUGAGCUUUGUAUGUUCACCAUAAAUGGUCCAUCUGAUGUUUUUAAAUAGUCACUGAUAUUGGGAGGGAAACACUAAAUGGUAAGACUUGAGGAAAGUAUUACUACGUUUGCAUUUACGGUUACAUUUUGAUUUUUCUUCCAUAGUUCUAAUGUUAUGGGUUUUUUUGUAAUUUUUUUUAUUAGAAAGAUAUAUUAGGUCUGUGCACAAAGAUCAAGCGCAGGUUUUCUGUUCCUGUGUAAAUGAGGUCAGGAGAGAUUUGCCAGAAAAUUGCCUUGAAAUGGUUUUACUUAUUGUAAUGUUUUGUGUUUUUGAUUGUGAUUAAAUAAAAUUGUUGACUGAA